AGGCGGACCGCGGGGCCGGCGCUCAGGCGACGGCGUGAGAGGCAGCGGCGGGAUGGCCGGCCGGCGGGUAAAUGUGAAUGUGGGCGUGCUGGGUCACAUCGACAGCGGCAAAACAGCGCUAGCGCGCGCGCUGAGCACCACGGCCUCCACUGCUGCCUUCGACAAGCAGCCGCAGAGCCGCGAGCGCGGCAUAACGCUCGACCUGGGCUUCUCCUGUUUUGUCGUGCCGCUGCCGGGGGCAGAACCCGGGACUAGCGACACGCUGCUGCAGGUCACACUGGUCGACUGCCCCGGGCACGCCUCCCUCAUCCGGACCAUCAUUGGCGGUGCCCAGAUCAUUGAUUUGAUGAUGCUCGUGAUUGAUGUGACCAAGGGAAUGCAGACACAGUCCGCAGAGUGCCUUGUGAUUGGCCAGAUCGCCUGCCAGAAGCUGGUUGUGGUGCUGAACAAAAUAGACCUGUUAGCAGAAGGGAAGAGACAGGCAGCGAUUGACAAAAUGACCAAGAAAAUGCAGAAGACUCUUGAGAACACCAAAUUCCGGGGUGCACCGAUUAUUCCCGUGGCAGCCAAACCUGGGGGACCAGAAGCCCCUGAAACUGAAGCUCCACAGGGCAUCUCAGAACUCAUUGAGCUCCUGAAGUCCCAGAUUUCCAUCCCAACGAGAGACCCCUCUGGACCAUUCCUUAUGUCUGUGGACCACUGCUUCUCCAUCAAGGGUCAAGGCACCGUGAUGACUGGGACUAUCCUCUCAGGCACUAUCAGCCUUGGGGACAGUGUGGAGAUCCCUGCCCUCAAGGUGGUGAAGAAAGUGAAGUCAAUGCAGAUGUUCCAUACACCCGUCACCUCUGCCAUGCAGGGGGACCGACUGGGCAUCUGUGUUACCCAGUUUGACCCCAAGCUGUUGGAGCGUGGGCUGGUAUGUGCACCCGAGUCUCUGCACACUGUUCACGCAGCCCUCAUCUCUGUGGAGAAGAUCCCUUACUUCCGAGGACCCCUGCAGACCAAGGCCAAGUUCCAUAUCACCGUUGGCCAUGAGACAGUCAUGGGUCGCACGCUGUUCUUCAGCCCUGCUCCUGACAACUUUGACUUGGAGCCCAUGCUAGAUUCCUUCGACCUUUCCCGAGAGUACCUCUUCCAAGAGCAGUACCUGUGCAAGGAUUCCAUGNCCACAGCCACAGAAGGUGAUGGCGAGGCAGACCCCAAAGCCGGCCGUGCCCCAGGGGGCCACUGCCCCCGGCAGCAGUGGGCCCUGGUAGAGUUUGAGAAGCCAGUCACCUGCCCCCGACUCUGCUUGGUGAUUGGCUCCAGACUAGAUGCCGACAUUCACACCAACACAUGCCGGCUGGCCUUCCACGGUGUCUUGCUGCAAGGGCUGGAGGACAAGAACUACAUAGAGAGCUUCCUGCCAGCACUGAGGGUUUACAAGCUGAAGCACAAGCAUGGCCUUGUGGAGCGGGUAAUGGAUGACUACAGCGUGAUUGGACGUUCCCUGUUCAAAAAGGAGACCAACAUCCAACUCUUUGUGGGGCUUAAGGUGCAGCUGUCCACAGGGGAACAGGGUAUCAUCGACAGUGCCUUCGGCCAAAGUGGCAAGUUCAAGAUCCACAUCCCUGGCAUUGCAAGACAAGUGCACAGACCUGAGCUGGUAUAUACAAGAUGUAUGAAGAUGUAUGAGAUGUAUCAGAUGUAUGAAGUCUUGAGGUGGAAAUUAGCUGGAGGGAUGGCCAUCCGAGGUGGCCUCAGCCCUGAGUCCAAGAAGAUCCUGACACCUACACUCAAGAAGCGGAGCCGAGCCGGCCGUGGAGAGACCACCAAGCCAGAGGAGGGCACUGAUCGGCCAGAGCCCAUCCAGCCUGUGACACUCAGCCUGUCUUUCAAGCGCUAUGUCUUUGACACCCAGAAGCGCAUGGUACAGACUCCCUGAAUGAACCAUCCUGCCCAGCUGCAAGCCAGACCACAGUGCCAGAUGUCCCCAGACAUGCCUCAACCUCCCCAGUCUGAGGCAGUCAGCCCCAUCCCACUGCCAUUGCACUGUUAUUGAGCCCAUUGAGAAAACCUGGGGAAAAUGAGGAACAGUGCCAGGAGGGCCUGCCACUCCACCCCUGCACCCACUCAGGAUAGCAACGAGGCCCACUAGAAAAUGGCCUUAGCAGAGCCAGCAACCUGGGUCUUCCCCAGAUAGAGUGUGCAGCCACUCAGCCUUGCCCCAACUAGCUGGCACCCUCCAACUGAAAAUAAACAUCCCAUAUGUGACCUAGUAUGCCCAUAGUCUGCCUGUCUCCCAGGGGAAUCCCAGGCAUCACACACAGGGAAUUGUUUGCAUUGGGUUUAGGACUCAAGAGCUGCUAGGUUCAACCAAGUGGCUCCUGGGAUGUUGUCAGUGGACCUUGAAGAAUGGAGGUUUUCUGAACAGCUGAGUUUCCUGGGGUCCUCUGGCCAGGGGUUAGUACCCUGGGGUUCCAUCCUUGCACUAGAGGUCAAUAGGCCCUGGCCUCCAGUUUUGGAACCAUGGACUCCCAAGGGUGCUAGACNAGGGGUGGAGUACCUGGACCCUCUCCGUGCUCAUCUUCAGCCCCAGCACCCUCAAGCUUAGCCAGGGGGUCUGAGAUAGGGGCAAGAGGAUAGAACUGACCAACGAAGGAAAUCAGAGCUUUUCCAGACACCUGUAAGGGGAGCAGAUGUCCCAAUGUUUCUCAGUUUGGCCUCCAGACAGACGUGAAGGCCUCCCUUUAUCCCAGUAAUCGGUGCAUUAUGCUUUAAUUUUCAAAAAUGGCAUUAAAAAUAUUAACAGGG